AUGACAUCCACCCAGUUUGCGCUCUCCUCGGCUUCUGAAGCUGUUUUGGCCCUGUGGGAGUUGGGCUUUCAGGACCUGUUUGAGGCAGUUGCCCAGAAGGUCGUGCCGGAGGUGCAGAAGCUCGACAGAUGUGGCCUCGCGAUGUUCUGCUGGAACUUUGCCUACAUCAGCCACGAGAGUGCCCCGGUGUUCGAGAGUACGGCGAAGGACUCCUUGCGGACCGAACGCCUAGCCGAACUCACACCGCGGGAUGUCGCAGCGAUCUCCAAAGCUUUUGCAAAGGCGCAGCUGCUCCAGGAAUUUAAAGGUGGCUUCACUGGCUAG